GCAGUGCUACGAGGUGGGGGGGCGGGGCUGGGCGGGACCUGACCAGGAAGCCACUCCUGGGAUCCCAGGGCACCCCGGGCCUGUGUGUUCGCGCUGGCCCCGUUUCCGAGCUCAUUCCCAGGCUUUGAGCUGCCCCCGGGCUGCAGGGGUUGGGGGAGCAGGCCGUGCAGUCAGCGGAAGGCGUAGUGCAGUGACCACAGUGUAUCCAUGGGGACCGCUCUCGUGUAUCACGAGGACAUGAUGGCCACCCGGCUGCUCUGGGACGACCCGGAGUGCAAGAUCGAGUGUCCUGAGCGCCUGGCUGCAGCCCUGGGCGGCCUCCGGCAGUGUGGCCUGGAACAGAGGUGCCUACGCGUGGCAGCCCGCGAGGCCUCGGAGGCAGAACUGAGCUUGGUGCACAGCCCAGAGUACGUGGCCCUAGUGCGGAGGACCCAGACUCUGGGGACAGAGGAGCUCCAGGCACUUUCUGGACAGUUCGAUGCUGUCUACUUCCACCCGAGAACCUUUCACUGUGCCCGGCUUGCCGUGGGUGCUGCACUGCAGCUGGUAGAUGCUGUGCUAACAGGAGCCGCACGCAAUGGGCUUGCCCUGGUGAGGCCUCCUGGGCACCACAGCCAGAGGGCAGCUGCCAAUGGGUUCUGUGUGUUCAACAAUGUGGCUAUAGCAGCUGAACAUGCCAAGCGGAAACAUGGGCUGCACAGGAUCCUCGUUGUUGACUGGGAUAUUCACCAUGGCCAGGGCAUCCAGUAUAUCUUCGAGGAUGACCCAAGUGUCCUUUACUUCUCCUGGCACCGAUAUGAGCAUGGACGCUUCUGGCCCUUCCUGCCAGAGUCAGACGCAGACACUGUUGGGCAGGGACAGGGCCGUGGCUUCACUGUCAAUCUGCCCUGGAACCAGGUUGGGAUGAAAAACGCUGACUACCUGGCUGCCUUCCUGCACGUGCUGCUUCCGGUGGCCUUUGAGUUUGACCCUGAGCUGGUGCUGGUCUCGGCAGGAUUUGACUCAGCCAUUGGGGACCCGGAGGGGCAGAUGCAGGCCACACCAGAGUGCUUUGCCCACCUCACACAGCUACUGCAGGUGCUAGCUGGUGGCCGUGUCUGUGCAGUGCUAGAGGGUGGUUACCACCUUGAGUCCCUGGCACAGUCAGUGUGCAUGACUGUGCGGGCGCUGCUAGGUGACCCCACACCUGCCCUGUUGGGGCCCAUGGCACCGUGUCAGAGUGCCCUGGAGUCCAUCCAAAGUGUCCGGGCAGCGCAGGCCCCUCACUGGAAAAGCCUCCAGCAGCAAGGUGUGUCUCCUGUGCUGACUACCAGCACCCACUCCCCAGAGGGGAGACCCCUGUGGCUGCUGCCCAAGGAUCCUGUAUGUAAGGCAGAGGCAGAGGUGACUUCACUGAGGCUCCUGGACCAGCAGCACCAACACCCUACACCCCCUGUGCGAAUGGCUGUUGCCCUGACUGCUCCACAUACCACCUGGGCUCUGCCCCCUGAUGUGCUGCAUCAGGAAGAGUCAGCCCCGAAGUGGGAGACACAAGCCUGGGUCAGGUCACAUGAGUCCCUGGCUCAGGAUGAGGCCCUCACUGCACUUGGGAAGCUCCUGUACCUCUUAAAUGGGAUUCUGGAUGGGCAGGUAAGCAGUGGAGUUGCAGUCGCUCCAGCACGGGCUGUAGCAGCCACCUUGGAUGUAGCCAUUUGCCAAGCUUUGUCUUUUGGAGCUCAGAGGGUUCUCUGUGUGGUGCUGGGACAGCUGGAUCGGCCACUGGACCUUGUUGAUGAUGGGAGAAUUCUGUGGCUGAACAUCCGGGGUAAGGAAGCAUCCAUACUGUCCACGCACCAUGUCUCCGUGCCACUGCCAGGGACGACUGGAGGGUUCCUGAGCUGCAUCUUGGGCCUGGUGCUGCCCCUGGCCUAUGGCUUCCGGCCUGACCUGGUGCUGGUGGCGCUGGGGCCCGACCAUGGCCUUCAGGACCCCCAGGCGGCUCUUCUGGCUGCACUGCUCCGGGGGCCGGCAAGCGGCCGAGUUCUAGCUCUCCUUGGGGAGGAAUCUGCACUCCAGCUUGCGCAGGCGCUGGCCCUGGGUCUGUAUGGAGAGGCGCCGCCCAGCCUGGGCCCUUUCUCUACGGCCUCUCAGGAGGACCUCCAGGCCCUGAUGAGCCUGCGAGCGCAGCUGCAGUCGCGGUGGGAGAUGGUGCGGGUGUCGGUCUCAGAGCCGGUGGAGGGAAGCGGUGGCCCCGAGCCUGCCCGUUCUGCGCCACUUCCGGGCCCUCCUUUGGGGCCGUCCACCGUGGGAGCGCCGCGCAGCCGAUCCCUGGAGCGGCCCGACACCUCGGCCCCGCCCGCAGUCCCUCCCAGCUUAUCAGUAAACGCCCGUUAAAUAGCA